AUGAGCAAACCAUCUCAUAGUCCAAAUGACUUAAUUGAAUUCGAAAAUCACAAUCGAAAUUCUUCUUUUGGAAAGAGUAUAAUCAUAAUUUGAAUAUAGAAUUAUUGUCUACAGUUCCAAAUGUACCUGCUUUUGGUUUUGGAACUUCUACUAGAUAUUAAGCAUCAUAAGUAUAUAGAGAAAAUAGAUUAAUGGAAAAAGGUAAACAUAGUCCAGGUCCAAUCUAUAAUCCUAUAAAAAACUUCUCUUAAUAAGCUGCAAGAGCUCCAAGUGCAAGAAUGGGUACAUCUAAUAGAUAGAGCUUAAACACAAACCAUUAUGAUUAUUAUAAAAGAAAAGAUGUUGAUGUAUUUUAAUUAAUAAUUAUAGUUUGAACCUUAAAAAGCUGAGCAUCUUAGAAAAUGGUCUGCAGGAACAGUUAGAUUUGGAUAAGAAUAAAGAUUGUUGUAGAAAGAACUUACAAAGACUCCAGGUCCUAUUUAUGAUUUAACUGAAAGAACUCAAGGUCCAAAAUAUACUAUGGGUAAUAGAAGAGCUCAUUCUGUUUCUCUUUCAACUCCAAAUAAAAUUGGACCUGGAUCUUAUAAACCAAAAAAAGAUUUCUCAACAGAAUUGCCAGAACCACCAAAAUAUUCAUUUACUAAAGCUCCAAAAAUACCUCAAUAAAAGAAUAUUGAUAAAAAUUAGACUUAUUAUGUGCAGUAUAAAUGUAUUCUAUGAUUUUAGAGAGAGUGUAGGAUCUCAAGUAGUAUCUACAAAACCAAAUAAACCAGCUUUCAGUUUUGGCAAAGGAAUGAGAGAAGCUAAAUUAGCUAUGUACAAAAAUGAUUUUGUAAAGAUUGGGGUUAGUUUAAAGAUUCCACAUCCAAAAUUUUGA